UGGUGGACCCUGCACACUCCUCCACGUUAUGGAGAGUGGUGACCUCUUGUUGCUGCAGAGCUGCAAAAUACUGCAGGAAAAAAUGAGAAACAAGAAUCAUCCAGUGCCAUCAGUGCUCCAGGGUAGCAGCUCCACCCAGUGGAGAGCGCUAGAGAUGACAGGAAAGUUCCCGAAGCCUCUGGAGCUCCUCUAGUGAGAACAUAAAAGCUGGGCCAGUCCCACUGCUGAGACAGAAAGCAACACUGAAGAAAACAGACUCCUUAACAGUGUCUCUACUUACAGCAAGAGAACUCGACGCUAAACACACGCUGAAGAUGCUGUGCUCUCAUGGAUUCCAGUCUGCCCUCAGUCCAUUCAUGGACUUCCACUGGCCUGUACGCAGUCUGUGGCCAGAGGUCAGACCUCUGCUCUACCAGCAGGAUCUACUGCGGAGAAACCUACAGGAGCUGCGCUGCAGUCUGGAGCUGAUGCACAAACUUCAACAUAAGAUCCUGGAGGAGACAGAGCCUUUCCAAAGCAGUGUGGCCGUGCAGCCGGUCUCCUACCAGCUGGACAAAGAGGGAGAGCACUUUGGCCUGACCCUGGACACUCGCGGCUUCUCCCCAGAGGAGCUGUCUGUGAGGCAGGUGGGCAGGAAGCUGAGAGUCAGUGGGAAGACAGAGAAGAAGCAGGAGGAUGGGAAAGGCUCCUACUCUUACAGACUGCAGGAGUUCAGACAGGAGUUUGAUCUGCCUGAAGGACUGAACCCUGAAGCCGUCACAUGCUGCCUGGCUCCAGACGGGAAGCUCCACAUCCAGGCCCCCAAAGCUCCAUGUGCUGAGGAGGCUGAGAGAGAGCUGACUAUCAAGAGGAGCUCGGAGGAGGAGAAAACUCAGCAGAGUGUGUGUUCACACCCAGAAGGCAGCGGCACAGAGAGAGACAGCAGCACACAGGACUGAACACAUGGACUGACCACAAUGUUGCUGUGCCAAAAUAUGAUACAUAUUUUUAUACAAAUAUUGUUAUUGUCAUGCAUGUAUACUGUAUAUUAACAUGUGAUUAUGUUAAUACAUUUAUUAACAUUUAAACAAUGCUCUUCCUUGGCAUUUAUAUUAUUACUUUCAUCCUCUCUGCAAAAGAAGCACACUUUAAUUCACUGUUUGACAAAAGUGUAGCAUUUAAAUACUCAAAUAAAACAAUCUGAGAAGUGAAAAGAACUUGGUUGAAUAGAAUACUGAACCACUGUACAAGUCAUCUCUCAUGGGCUCUCAAUCACUGUCAUCAUCGAGUAAAACAAAACAUUAAAAAACUAUAUUAGUUGAACUAAUAACUUCGUACAAUGAAGCAGAAUUAGUGAACCUGCCCACCCAUUAUUUAGAUAGUUUUUUCUCUUCUUUCUCUUUAUUGUUUAAAAGUGAAUGCCAGCUGUUACUGAAGGUGCUUUGUCUUUCCCUGGCUCCCGUCUGGCUGCCAGGGUGUUUCUUUCCCAAGGAUUGUCCCUUUAACGUGGCAGCACAGGGGCGGUGGAGGAAAAAAACUUACUUUAGGGACUCAUUCAGCUUUUGUUUUAUUUCUAUUUUUGGCAGUGGCCUGUUUUUCAGGGCAGUGUUGACAGAAUGCGUAUUCACUGGAUCUUUAAUUGUCAGCGGGUGUUCACCAGUUCUCUGCUUCAUUCCUCCAUCUCUCCCCGUCUCUGCUUUAGAAUUGUUGCUUUCAUCUUUCAUGUAACUUUUCUUCUUGUUAACCAUGGUCAUCCUUUGCCUCCCUCAUGCCAGAGCCAUUCCCAUCCUGACAGAUCUCCUCCUUUCCUCUCUUCUCCAUGCUCUUCACUUCUCCAGUGACAGUUACCUUGGGCGUUUCCAUGACAUCCCCUUUACUCAGUAUCCUUUGCUUUCAUCUCCUCCUCACUUCUUCUGGAAGAGGUGGAGUUUUAUUUUAAUGCCAGCAACACAUGGGAUCAUUUACUGACUCUUUUAUUUCUUCUUUCCUCAAGGCCCAACCCCCCCAUCCUUCUUUACUAAAACCUUCCACUUUACUCUUUCUCUUCACUUCCCUCCCUUCGUCACAUUUCCCCCUCCUAACCCUUCCACCCAUUCCUCCCUUUCUCAGACACUUUAUCUAACUGAAUCAACAGGGUGUGUUUGAAGCAGACAGCGUUCAUUGGCAUUGCAG